GGGAAGGCUAUUGCAUGGGCAUCCUUGAUUGAAGUUUGAAAAUAUUUGGAUGCCUCUGAAUAUGACACCAAAAAAAAAAAACAAAGGUGUCGUAAAACUCGGACGUUUUGUUAGGAGAUGUGAUCUGGAGAUUCAGUGUAAUUUCCCAAUUAAGAUAAAGCUCUUUCCUUUUUCUUUUCUUUUCCAGGAUUUGGCUCCCGAAGGAUUCGGUUUCCAAAGUGAAAAUUGGUGGUUGGUUUUCUAUAUAAGUGCUGCCUUGGGCUGCCUCUAUCUAUCUAUCUUUCUUGUCUUUUGUGGUUAAGGUUGCCUUGCCCCAGAACUUGUUUCUUCUCUUUGCAGAGAGUCAUUUAGUCUUCCAGUUUGGACAAAAUGGUGGAGGGGGGCAUCAUAAAAGCCGAUAAAGUUGAGUUUACAGAAUGCUGGCAAACAAUUUGGAAAACGCCAUACAUUAUGCGCCUAGCUCUAUCGGCUGGCAUUGGAGGUCUCCUAUUUGGCUACGAUACAGGAGUUAUUUCUGGGGCCUUGCUUUACAUUAGAGAGGACUUUGAUGUUGUUGAUAGGAAAACAUGGUUACAGGAAACCAUAGUGAGUAUGGCUGUAGCAGGAGCAAUUGUGGGUGCUGCAGUGGGAGGAUGGGCAAACGACAGGUUUGGGCGGAAAAUGUCAAUUUUAGCAGCUGAUGUAUUAUUCUUUGUUGGGGCAAUUGUCAUGGCUGUUGCUCCAGCUCCCUGGGUGAUAAUCCUGGGAAGAAUAUUGGUAGGAUUCGGAGUGGGAAUGGCUUCUAUGACUUCACCUCUUUACAUUUCAGAAGCUUCUCCUGCUAGAAUCAGAGGCGCUCUUGUUAGUUCAAAUGGUCUGCUGAUUACAGGAGGGCAAUUCUUGUCUUACCUUAUCAAUCUAGCCUUUACCCAUGCACCUGGAACAUGGCGAUGGAUGCUCGGGGUAGCUGGACUUCCUGCUGUUGUUCAGUUUGUAUUAAUGUUGUCGCUUCCUGAGUCUCCUAGAUGGCUCUACAGACAGAAUAGGGAAGACGAAGCCAGGGCCGUACUGGAAAAAAUCUAUCCAAGUGACAAAGUUGAAGAAGAGAUGAAUGCCUUGCAGUCAUCAGUUGAAGCUGAAAAGGCUGACCUAGAAGCCCUGGGAAGCAAUAUUUUCCAACGAGUAAAGCAAGCUGUAAAAAAUGAUGUCGUCCGGAGAGGGCUGUAUGCAGGGGUCACAGUUCAAGUGGUUCAGCAGUUUGUGGGCAUAAACACUGUCAUGUAUUAUAGUCCCACCAUAGUUCAGUUGGCUGGAUUUGCUUCUAAUAAGACCGCUUUAGCACUUUCUCUCAUCACUUCCGGUCUAAAUGCUGUUGGCUCCAUAAUCAGUAUGAUGUUUGUUGAUAGAAAGGGAAGGAGGACAUUGAUGAUUAUUUCCCUGUUUGGGAUCAUCACUUGCCUUGUGGCAUUAUCUAUCAUUUUCUUCCAAGCUGCCGCGCACUCUCCAUUAGUUGGUAGAGUCGAAUCCAAUAGCUAUGGAGGAAAUUCUACAUGCUCAGCUUAUCUGAGAGAGCAACAUUCAUCGUCAUGGAACUGCAUGGAUUGCUUGAAAGCAACUGACUGUGCAUUUUGUACUAAUUCAGCAGGCAAAUAUCUACCGGGAGCCUGCCUAGCUUCAACAGAAGCUGUGAAAGAUACUCUGAGAGCCGAAUGCCGUGCACAUCAUGGGACAUGGUACACCAAUGGAUGCCCGACCAAAUUCGGAGUUGUGGCAAUUUUGCUGCUGGGAGCAUACAUCAUAGCAUACUCACCUGGGAUGGGGACAGUGCCAUGGAUUGUGAACUCCGAGAUAUAUCCAUUGAGGUACAGAGGCAUUGGUGGAGGAAUUGCUGCAGUUGCUAACUGGGUAUCAAAUCUUCUAGUGAGUGAAACAUUCUUAACAUUGACUGAGCAUCUGGGGUCUGCUGGGACAUUUCUCCUGUUUGCUGGAUUUUCCCUCAUUGGACUUGUGGCCAUUUACUUUGUUGUGCCUGAAACCAAAGGGUUGGCCUUUGAGGAGGUGGAGAAGAUGCUUCAGAAAGGAAUCCGUUCCAAAAAGAGGAAGGGCUCUGCUGAUGCUUCUUCUACAAAAGAUCAAGACACACAAUGACUGACUUGAAGACAAGCUUACCGAUAGAAAUUGCUUCUUCUGUGUUUUCUGUUCAAAUAAACUUUCCUCCCUAGUUUCAUGUCAUAUUAACAGCAAUCAUUUGUUCCAGACUCAUGGGAAUACAUUGAAAAUUAUUUAUAAAUUGCACCUUAGAAGUGGAACAUUCUUUAUUUGAA